AUGGCAGGUUUCGACGGUACCGCAUUCUUCGCCCUUUUCCUCGGAUUUUUCUUCCCUCCUCUCGGUGUGGCGCUCUUAACAGGGUGUGGAACUGAUGUGUGUAUCAACCUCUGUCUCCUCAUUUUUGGCGUGAUCCCCGCCUACUUGCACCUCUGGUACCUCGUAUACGUGUAUCUGGACAACAAGAAGCUUCUGAAGCCAAUCGACGGCGGACGUCCGUUUGUAUUUUCCGAUAAGCUUCAGCGAAUCAGCACUCGAAACCGGAGCACCGCAAGCCUUCCAACCCCCAGGACUUCCACCAAAGAGGUACAACCCCAUCGGAGCAAUCCGGCCGUGCAGGAGAAGCCAGCCCAAGAGCAGAAGCCUGCUGCCGAACAGACCUCAACACCGUCUGCUAUAUCAACCCCAGUCUCGACAUCUGGUCCUUCGACAAAACCCGCACAGAAAACAACCACCCAAGCCGCAGCUUCGGAGCCAACCCCGGCAAUGUCGCCGCUUCCACUUCUUGACAAGAAUGACGGCGCUUCUCCACAGGCGAAGGCCUAG